GUCGCGCUAAAGCUGCUACAUGCUUAGCUUGUUCUCAUUGCACUGAACUUCACACCUUUUUGACACUCAUUUCGUGAUCUGUGAUAGCGAGGCUGAAGACUCGGUCAGUAUCCUUUCUCUAAUCAAACAUCAACUUAUUACCCCUCAUGUCUGGAUUGCACUUGCGCCGGAUUCAUUACGGAUAUUCAGUUCUUCCAUCUGCGCAAACGGCUCAGAUCAGCAGUGUGAAAGGUCGUGAGGUGUUCAAGAUGGCGACUGUUUGAAGUUCACACUCUGUGCGUUCCUGCAUAGGCACCCCAUGCUGACAUCACAGGGCAUCGGUUUACGCUGUGACAAAGGCAUCAGUCCUGUCCACUGUCUUGCACAGCUAUGGCCAAGGACCAGCCAAAUGUGUUGGACCUCCUCCCUCUUCUGGAGUCCACUGACUUGCAUGAGCUGGAGCAGGUCAAAAACCUGCUGCAAGAGACCCUCAGCAAAGAUAAAGGGACCAUGUUGCUGAAUAGCCUUGUGGACUAUUACCUGGAGACAAACUCAUCUCAAGCUAUGGACAUACUGUCUUCUGUCAGAGAGCCCCAUGAUAAGUAUCUUUUAGAUAAGAUGAAUGAAUGUAUGGGCAAGCAGAGCUGCCGACUUUCCACCAUCACUCUCCUUGGCUAUGUUGUCCGCAAGCAGCCGCCAUGGAUCCACAAGAUGGCACGCUUCCCUCUGCUUGCCUCGCUGCUGAAAUGCCUCAAGACUGACUCCGAUGUAGUAGUUCUCAUUACUGGUGUUCUGGUGUUAAUCACUUUACUACCCAUGAUUCCUCAAACCAACAAACAGCUUCUGUGUGAAUUUUUUGACAUCUUUGGACGGCUUGCUGCUUGGAACCAACGGCACCCAGGUUAUGCUCAAGGAGUGUAUGCAGUCCACCUGCAUGCCAGCGUAUACUCGCUCUUCCACCGGCUCUAUGGCAUGUACCCCUGCAAUUUCUUUUGUUACCUUCGUGCCCACUACAGCAUGAAGGAAAAUGUUGACACAUUUCAGGAAGUGGUUAAGCCAAUGUUAGAACAUGUCCGGAUCCAUCCUGAGCUUAUCACCGGAACCAAAGACUAUGAGGUUGAUCCUAUUAGAUGGAAGCGAUUUGAGCCCCAUGACAUUGUUAUUGAAUGUGCCAAAGUUUCUCUGGAUCCUAAGGAGGCAUCAUGUGAAGAGGGCUACUCUUCUCUGUCUGAUCACAUGGCACGGCGCCCUGUAGACCAUAGCCGAUCAUGCUCAGAGCUUAGCAUGCAUGAAAUCACCUCUGUCACACCAAUGGCCACUCUUUGCCAGUCUCUCUCUCUGUCACUACCAUAUCUCACUGUAAGCCAGGACUCUGAUUCGAGCAUACAAAGCGCCAACCAUCAAAGUGAUAAGAUGAGCUCCUCAGGGAUAAAGGAGGAGAUGUGGAGUCCUUCCUCAGUAUGUGGGAUGAGCACCCCUCCCAGCUCUAGAGGAAUGUCCCCCACCACUGUUUCUGAAGCCUCACAUAGUGCCUCCCACCUCUCAGGACGGAUACUUAGCACUCCAGUGGAUGGAAAAUUGACUCACUCUACCACCUCAGAGUCAUCUCCUUUCCCAUCACACUCAGAAGAACUAGAGCAACCUGCCCAAAACACCAGCAGUACUCAGGCUAAGGUGAAUCAGCCGGGUAAGGAGCUGAAAAAAGUAAUGCCCAGAAGUAUUAACAACAAUGGAUGUCCCGGUAAUGCCAAGAGUCCAGUGUCAUUGGUGCAGCUCCCUGACAUUGUCAGAAGGACAGACGUGGAGAGCGAGGAUGAUGCCAUCACACAGGAAAUUUUGAGCUUGACCCAUGGGAGACUGGACUUUGGAACAAGGCCAGACCUGGAUUCCUCUCUUUCCUGCUCCUCAGACACCCUUCUCUCAUCUCACUUCAGCAAUGAACCGAAUUUAGUUUCCACACCAGACAGGAGUAAAAGCUCUGACAAAGGAAUGGAGCAGCAACCUCCAUGGGUGCUCGGGCCUGCUUUCACCCCCAUAGAGAAUGACAAGGGCAGUCUGAGUUCCCUGUCUGAUCUGACAAAGGAAUCCAUGCCUUACGAGCCACUGUUUGACCUCACCAUACCUAAGGUGGCAUCACUGUUUUUGGAGAGGAGGACCAUGGAGGCCUUGCGGAGGGCUGAAGGAGAAAGGGUGCACCGAGAGGAGGUGGAGGGGGAGGAUCUUUCUGCUACUUCCCCUCUGGAGGUGUUGGACCGUGUUAUUAAGCAGGGCCAUGAAACCCAUGAUAAAGUGCUGAAGAGAACUCUGUCUUCUCAAAGCCAGUCAGCCAAUCCACACUCUGGAGGUAAACAGCAUAGCAAUAAAGGAAAAGGUUCUGUGUCAGCAGCAUCUGAUGAGCUGGGAAUGUUGCGUAGUCAGCUGCUGUUGCUGCAUACCCAGCUGCUGUAUGAAAGACAUAAGAGAGAACAACAUGCACUUCGUAACCGCCGUCUGUUUGGCCGUAUUGUCAACGCGACUGCAUUGGAAGAGCAGAACAACUCCAUGAAAACCCAACUGAAACUUCAGGAUAUUGAGAUGCAGACUGUGCAGGUAAGUCUGCAGGAGGAGCAGCGGCGCUUCAAGUGUCUACAAGAAGACCAAGAGGCUCUAGUGAACCAACUGCAGACUCAAAUCCAACAACUGCAGCAGAAGCGGAAUUACUAUUACUCAAAGAUGCAGGAGCUGCAGACUGAUUUAAAUGAGAAUCGGAAGAAGGUAGGAGAAAUGGAGGCAGAGCUACAGAGAGCCAAUAACAAAGUCUGUAAUAUGGGACACCUGCUCAGCCAGAUGUCCAUAAAGCUCAACAAUAGUGAAAAUAUGGAGCAGCAGAUGGCUUUUUUGAACACACAGCUACUGCUUUUAGGUGAAGCCAACAAGAUUUGUUUGGAGGAAAUCAAGCGCUUAGGACCUGAGGCAAGCAAGGAGCUGAAGAUGCUGCAAGCUUCUUCACUGCGGGAGGUGGAGCGCUUGAGGCAGAGCUCUCUCCAGCAGAGUCAGAGACUCGAGGCAGCCCAACAGCGCAUCACAGAUCUAGAGACCCAACUCAACAAGAAAGAGCAGGUCAUCCGAGAGCAGAAGAAACUGCUGGAGAAUGUUAAAAGCCAAGCCGUGGAGCAGCUGCAGGCUUCAGAGAACCGGUAUUUGGCCCAGAAGCACAUCACUCAGGCAUUGCAGUCAGAGCUGCUUGAACUCUAUAGCCAGAUAGAGUUAAAAAAACUGAAAACCAGUUCACCAGCAGAGCACACUUCUGAGGCCAGCAGUCCCACCAACCAAAGGACAAAUGGCAACAGCACUGGCACAUCUGCUCCAUCUCUAUCAGCUGACCCAGUGAAAAGAGAGGAAGGCACAUACAUGUGUGUCAAUGGCGAAGUCUCUGUAGGGUCUCCUCAAACACUCGAUAAUGACAGUCAGGAAGAUCUUUCCCUCCCCUGCGACUCCCCACUGGCGGUUGGCUCUUACCCCAGUACCAGAAGCUUCUUGGGCAAGCGAGCCAGAGAGUUGUUCCGCAAUAAAAGCGAGAGCCACUUUGAGACAGAACCAGUAGCGCUCAACUGCUUGUCCCCAGAUCUAAAGAUUGAGCCCAGCACAGACCCCUCAGAGAACACGCAGUUUGAAGGGGCCACUGACCAGGCUGACCUGCAGCCCAUGGAUAGACCCCGGGCAUAUAAUAUUCAGUGUAGGAGGCAGCAGGAUCUGCGGAUCAUGGACUACAAUGAAACCCUCCAUGAGCAUUGAUUAUAUACUGCUGAUUGUCUACAAUUAGAAAUGAAUAUUUUGGACCCAGUAUUAGACUGCAUAACACUUUUUUCUUCUUCUUUUUAAUGGGUGGUAGGCAGAGUUUUAGUUUAUUUUAAAAUCUCUGUUGUACAAUAGAAACAACUUGUCAUCAAAAAUGGUUCACAAAUCUUGUCAUAAUCAAGUUAAUUAUGAAUUAAUUGUAUUUCAGUAUAUUUUUAUUAUCACCAUUCAGCAAGCAGCUGUGGGUAUUCUGUUGUGGUUGGAUGUAACCCAGUCCUCACUGUACUUUCCAGCAAAUGUAUUGCCUUAAUCAUUGUAUUUGCUCUUGUAAUGGCUCCAUUUGUUUUUACAUCUUUCUAAAUUGAUCCAAGCAAAACUGCCCCUUUGAGACAUAUAGCGAGACGUGUCUCAGAAAUUGCACAAUACCAAGUGUGAUCAUUACAUCAGUUCCCACUUGGAGCACUGUAAAUAGUUCAUGCCUUUGAGAAAUCAAUCAAUCUGAUAUAAAUGUGAAAGAAGCUGUGGGGAAGGGAUAGGUAUUAUGUUAGAUAUUAUAAUAGAAUAAGAAAUCACAUUUCAUUGCUAAGGCUAGCCAUAGCAAUGCUUUGUGUGUUUUGCCUAGACAGAAAAUGUGUAAGCAAGUGUUGUGUUGUAGCUCUAGUAAAAUAUUUUAUUUUUAUGCAUUAACAUUCUUUACUGUGAUUGGAGAGCCCAGUCACCUGUGCAAUAAUUCUUAGCGUAAAACUUUAUGCCUGAUCAAUGGUAAGAGAUGAUGGGUGAAAAAAAAAACAUAUUUUUGCUACUUUUUAGGGCCGUCAGGGCCUUACAGAACACAGGCUAUGCUGCUGUAGGUGCAUUGUUUUUGCAUUUGUCCUGUUAAAUGAAGAAAUUGGGAAAUCUUUGUGGUUUUGAGGUGUAUUUGAAAGUCAAAUGCUUAUGAAUUAAUAGAGUACAAAAUACAGCCACUGCAAUACUUUGACACUAAACUUGGAAAAGAAGCUGCUCUUGUUCUUCAAAAGGCUUUUCCCCUUCUGUUUUUUCCUUAUAUUUCUGUCUUACACAGGUCAGAUCCCAUCUACAAAGAAAAGGCUUUAUAAUGGGCUGCAGAUGGCUGAAGUAGAAGCACUUUAAAAAAAAAGAAUCAGGGCUUCAUAAGAUUACUGAACUCUAGCCGAGCAUUAGACUUGUCUCUUUCUAAAACAAUUCCCUUGGGGUUUGUUUUCGGUGUGAGAUAGAGUUGGAAUAUGUGAAGCGCAAAAUAUGUUGGCUUCAGCCUGCCAACUGUGAAAAUGCCUCUGUUUACGUUUAUGUUUCACUCGAACAUUACUUUCCCUUUUUAUACCAAAAGCCCUCAAAACAUUUUGUGUUACAAAAUGCCUUAUUGGAAAAAAUAGUAAGCCUGUCCCUCACCUGAAACCAUUUGUCAAUAGUUUUUUCUGGUACAAUAGGCCAAUGACUGGUGUUACAGGUAACCAGGGGCUCUCUGUUCAGAAGUACUCUUUUGAAUUCAAGAAAACGUUCUGUGUUCUCCCACUUGUUAAUCUAUGAUCAACAAAAAUAAAAUGUAUA